AUGGAUCGUCGUUCAGUGUCGAGUGGCGGUGAUUGCGCCGGCGAAAAGUCACCGUUCCUUCGAGACGAAGAAAGCAAUGCGCCGACUCCCGCCAACCGAUGUCCUUCUUGCGGCCGUUACCGACAGAAACCAUUUCACUGGCUUGCCUUCGCUGGGUUCAUGGUCCUGUCCGUGUUCUUGUUCUUGCCUGUUUAUUUCGGUCCUCCUCUAAGUCGACCAUCGGACUGGCAACAUCACCGUCUAUGGUCCGACAGCUGGCGUUUCUCGGUCAAUGCGGACAGGAAGGAGCCAGUGCAGAAUGGAGCUGAUGUCUGCCUCACACCCGCAUGUGUCCAUGCCUCCUCUGAGCUGCUUUACAACUUGUCGCCCGACUACAAGACCCUCGACCCGUGCACCGACUUCGAGGAACUCGUCUGCGGAGGAUGGCGCGACCGUCAUGAUCUACGCCCAGACCAAGGUGAUGCCUUCACUGGCACCAUCAUGGCUGAGAAUUCGCAGAUGCUGCUCCGCCAUAUUCUUGAAGCCUCGUACCCCGAAUUGUCUGCGCAUUCCUACUUCUCCCCUGCCACACUAGACAGUGCCUCUGGCUCGGUUGACAAGGAGAAUUUCGACAAGCUUAAAGCUGCAUAUGACGCUUGCUUGGACGAGGACACCAUCAAGGAACUCGGUGUUGCCCCAUUGGUCGAGAUACUCAACGACACCUCGAACCAUUUCUCGUCUGGCGAUCUUUCUUCCACCGUCUUAUUCAUGCUCAAGACUGGGAUUCCGACCUUGAUAUCUGCUGACACCGGUGCCGACGACAAAGAUCCAGACACGGUAGUCGUCUCCAUCUCGGCUCCGUGGAGCGUCGGCUUGCCGGCCAAGGAAAUGUAUGAAGACGAAAAGCUCGUGAAGAAGUAUGAAGAUACGGCCUCGGAAGUCCUCUCGGCUCUCCACGAGCAAGCCGCCGCGGUCGCAGUUGACGCCCAUGCUCUGGUCGAGUUUGAGAAACAGCUUGCGAAAGCUUCGCCAAGUGCUGAAGACCGCAACGACGUUACAAAAUACUACAAUCCCAUGUCUCUAGCUGAUGCAGAUGCUCUCAUUCCACAACUGAAGCUGUCAAAAAUCCUCGGCAGUCUUGCCCCUUCAGACUACAAACUGGAUCGAGUUAUAGUCAUGGCUCCACAAUAUAUGAAGGAGCUUAGUAAACUGCUGGCAGACACUCCAAAGAAGACCCUGCACGCGUAUUUUCUCUGGAAGGCGAUCCAGUCAUACGCUAGCUUCGUUGAGGCCGAUGCCGUUGCUCCCCUCAAACGGUUUUCGAACGAGUUGGUGGGCAAGGAUCCAGAUACGAAGCCGGAACGGUGGAGGACGUGCGUCAACCAUGUCGACUUUGGCGUGGGCUGGAUCUUGAGCCGUUUCUUCGUCGAAAAAGCUUUCUCCGCCAAAGCCAAAGAAUUUGGUGAUCAGAUUGUGUCCGACAUCAAGGAUCAGUUUAUUGAAAAGCUCAAGGUCACUGAGUGGAUGGAGAAGGAAGUGAUUGAGUUAGCCAUUUCCAAAGUCCACAACAUCGUCCAGAAGAUCGGUUAUCCAGAUAAGAGCCCAAAUAUUAUGGAUCCCGUGAGUUUGAAGAAAUAUUACGCUCCAGUGAACAUCACUUCGUCCACGUACUUUGGCAAUGCAGUGUCGGUCAUCCGUGCUGAGCUCGCUCGCGAAUGGGCAGCCCUCGGCAAGCCUGUGGAUAGGAACCAAUGGGAUAUGACUGUGCCGACUGUGAACGCAUACUACAAUCCUCCUGGAAACGAAAUCGUAUUCCCAGCAGGAAUCAUGCAGUUCCCUGUGUUUGAUGUCGAGGUCCCCCAAUAUCUCAGCUACGGCGCCUUCGGUUCCGUCUCCGGCCACGAGCUCUCUCACGCAUUCGAUUCCACCGGUCGCCACUACGACCAGAACGGUAACUUCACCGACUGGUGGACGGAAAAGACGGUCGAGAGCUUCAAGAAGCGCGCAGAGUGUUUCGUCGAGCAGUACGCCAACUUUACUGUACCCGGGCCAGAUGACAAACCGCUACACGUCAACGGCCGAUUGACUUUGGGUGAAAACAUUGCCGACGCCGGAGGUUUAUCUGCAGCAUUUGCGGCGUGGAAGAAGCGAGCGGCGGAAAAGCCAAACCAGGAUCUUCCCGGUCUGGAGUUCUUCACGCAGGAGCAGCUGUUCUUCGUUAACUAUGCCAAUUGGUGGUGCGGAAAGACAAGGAAAGAAACUGCCAUUCAGCGCAUCUACUUGGACCCGCAUGCGCCCAAGUUUGCAAGGAUUUUGGGUACCAUGGCCAACUCAAGAGACUUCAGGGAGAGUUUCCAGUGCGAACAGAAGGAGCCCGUCUGUGAAUUGUGGUGA